AUGUCUGCUGGCAACAACACUUCCCAGGGCCAGACCGGCGACAGUGUCCCCCUCCUCCAGCACAAGGGUAUCUGGGGCGAGGCUGACCGUCAAGCUUUUUGCGUCGCAAUGAACACGCUCGACAAUGAUGACAUGGUCGCCAUGACCACACUCCACGAGACGAUGCUCAAGCGCAAGCUUUCAAACCUCCACGCCAUUCGCAACACGGUCUACGACUACCACAUCACCUUUCCUCUCGUCCCCAACUUUCCUCUCGCGCACACUCUGGCCGAGUUUGUGGCCAUUGAAGACGAAGUCAAGGCCUUCCGCGACCACAUGGAAUAUGUCACCCGCGACGCACAGGACAGGCUUAAAGAAUUCGCGGACCACCCCCCUUGCGACAACUGCUCUCUCCACAAGUUGGAAGCCAAGCUUAGUCACAGCAAGGCCCUCCGCGAUGUCCUCCAGCAGUCUGACUCGGCCCGCGCUAUCGACCCAACUCUUCUCUUCUCCAAGGUCUGCGACGUCCACAAGGCCGAGGUCCUCGAAGAGCUCAACAACGACAUUGCCAACAUUGAAGACUACAUUGCGAACCGUUACACGACCGAGGAGGGUUACAAGAUCACCGUCAAGUACCAUGGCCUCAUGAGCCCCGUUUGCACCGAGAUCGAGACCAAGAUUGCCGAACACCGCGCUCGUCUCGCCCCUUACAGCUAG